AUGGUUGAAUUUGAAAUGUCUGAUCUUGGUAUGAUGCAUUAUUUUCUUGGCAUCGAAGUGGUGCAGUCUGAUACUGGAAUUUUUAUUUCUCAAAAGAAAUAUGUGCGAGAAAUUUUGAAUAGGUUUCAGAUGAAGGAUUGUAAUCCUGUUAGUACACCAACUCAAUUUGGCUUGAAGCUUAACAAAGAUCACGGAGGAAAAAAGGUGGACAGCAUAAUCUAUAAGCAAAUUGUGGGUAGUUUGAUGUAUUUAACUGCAACAAGACCAGACAUAAUGCACUCAGUGAGUCUAAUUAGCAGAUAUAUGGAGAAUCCAACAGAGUUGCAUUUUUUAGCUGCCAAGAGAAUCUAUCGUUACUUGCAAGGAACUAAAGAUUUUGGGUUGUUCUACAAGAAGGGUAAAAGAUCAGAUUUGAUUGGGUUUACUGACAGCGAUUAUGCAUAA